AUGGCUCUUGAUUCCCGCAUGGUCCGGGCCAAUGGGCCGCAGGGCUCUAAUGUUGACGUUCCAACAUUGAGUAUGCUGCCUGAUGUUACAGUCCUGCAAUCCGUACAUCGGUGUCACUGUUCUACCCCUGACAAUGUAUUGUUGACUGCUCAACUACGGCUGAUCCAGGAGGUAGGUAGUGAUCGUCGUCGUGAAAAUCUACCUACAGUGUCCGAGGUUGCGGCCAUUAUCCCAGAUAUCGGUCCGAUCUGGCACCAAAGGACAUUUCGGGAUAUGCAGCUUCAACUGCGGUCGUCAGUACCUGGCGUUACAGGCUUACAGCGUAUUGAUCCCAGUCAUGUGGCAUAUCUGUCGCUCCAAUACAUUCUGGUAUUUCCCCACGAUGAUACGGGCUGA